GGGGCAACCAGCGAUCCCAUCACAGCGCGAGGACGCAGCCGGUACUGUUGGAUUCGCAGGCGCUAUUCUGGGUGCUCAUGCAUGUUCCUGGCCUGCAAAGCACCCGAAUGGCUGGCCUGGACUGACAUUUGCUGCUCUCGCCCAAUGGCAUGCGCCCCUCCCCUCGGCCGCUCUUCGAGCACGCAGCACAUCACCACCAUGGCGCCCAAGACAAGUCCAGCUCGGGGUAUAUCACGUAUACCCGCCCACUCGCUGGGCUCAGGGAGACAACUCCAUGCUGCGUUUGUAUCGCACUACGUUUCGUCCCUGGGCGACGACGCUGUAAAUAGUGGAAGCUCGUCUUCGCGAGAGAAGAAAGAAGCACCAUGCAUGUUUGGGCCGAGACAUCGAUCCAAGCACCAGCGAUCCUCAUCUUGUUCUUGUCAUUGACCUGCCUCACUUCUAUAAGUUCGGCCAACAUCCUGACCGACGUCCCCAAGAACAACCCAUUGAACAUCUGGUACGAUCCUGCACCACCACCAGCCGACGGACCCCCUCUGUCAGCAUCGGCCUCGAGAGACAGAUCCCUUAUUCCAGCACAGGUCGGCGGCAUCAUUGGAGCAUACCUCUUCUCCGUCUGCAUUGUCGGCAUAGCUCUCAUCUGCCUGGGCCGCAAGCUUCGAUACCAGAUCCAGGUCUCUACGAAAGCACUUGAUAUUGAGAUGGUAGAGCCUCGAUUUGAAACCGCGCUACCAACUCCUCAUCCGCAAUCGCCAACUCUCACGUCGCCAAGCGGCUCGCGGAACUUCUCCUGGCCUUCUCCAGAGAAGGAUACCAAGAAUCCGUACAUCUUUCCGCCGAGCUUGAAGUCGCCGCGGACGCCGCCUCCCUUCGGAGACCCAUACGUCGAUACUCGGAUCGUCGAGGCAGACCGCGAGAUGUUGAACCGAGACUUAGAGGACAUAUAUGCCCAUGUGAUGGAGCAGGAGGAGGCGAAGGCACAAGGGAUCAAACCGAAAGAGAUGCCUCCACCAGCACAGCUGCAGAGGACGGGUCCUGUUCCUACAUCUCCUCCACAACGCCAUUCCCCACCUCCAAAGAAGAUCGAGAAAUCCCGCCCUGCGAACCUCAACAUCGAUGAAACGAGAUCCACAAAGAGUGGCCACUCCCGCAUCUCCUCCAUAAUCUCGUCAAUCAAAUCGCCAAGGAAGAAGGCAAUGCAAAUUUCGAGCCCAAUGGCGACUCCCGCAUCGGCCUCCUUCCCUCGCCAUCAAGAAGACGAAGAGCCCCUCUCCCCACGCUACUACGCACCACCCCCUCCUCCCCCGGUUCCCAGAGACCAAGUCCCAUUCACCCACCACCGCAGCACGUCGAACUUGACAGCCGCCGUGAUCCCCCUCCCAACCUCACCGCGCUGCAAUCUCAGCCAGCCGCUCUCCCCCAGGUCACCCUACGGCCCCACAGUCCGCAACCAAAGGAGCAACCAUCAGAUGAACCCCUCGCAAGUCUCCAUCCAGUCUUCCACCCGCGGGGGAGACCUCUCAGCAACGAGCCAAACACCGCUCAACCCACUCCAAAUGCAGCCGCCUCCCAAGCGCCAACCCUCUCCCAACCCACCUUCCUCCACCAACUCUUCCCAACGCCAACUCCCACUGCGCCAAUUCGAGCCAGCAGUCACGUCUCCAUCAUUUGCUCCAAGCACUAAGACAACGGUGUUGGAGAGAAAUAGUCCGGUUGGUGGUGCGGGCCCACAGACGGGCGGAUUGAGGACCCCUUGGAGUGCGGGUGCGGUGCCGUAUAGUCCUUAUCAGCCGUUUACGCCAAUAAUGCCGAUUACGCCAAGGCUUGUAACGAAGGAGGAGAGGAAGAUGAUGAAGAAGAGGGAAGGCAGGACGCCGGUUUUGGAGAUGAUUAAAGGCGAGGAUGAGCUUUGGGAUAGUGCUUAUUAAGUCACGGGGUUCUUUUUCUUGGGUUUUGGAUGGAUGGGUUUGGGUGUGAAUAUUUUCUUUGCAGGAGGGGAGACGGGUGGUGCAUAGAGAGGUGGGCUAGAUGAGAAAUCUUCCCAGUGGAGUUUCGUUCCUUCUUAUUCGGGGAGUGAGCUGUAAUGAUACCAUGACUACUCUAGUCUUUCCAACUAACUCCUCGAGUUUAUCAAGACUAUUUCCUGUCAAUAUAUAUACAAAACCUAUCAAUCACAACGUAUUCAUACUCUCUCUUCCGCG